AUGCCCAAGCUAACGGUGGACAAGAUUGGGGCAAAGUUGGGAAAGCGUGUGGAUCUGCGCAAGCUGGUGGAGGCUGAUCUGUCGGGACACAAGAUCAAUGAUCUGGGCUCAUUCAAGAACUGUAUCGCUCUGGAAGUGCUCUCGCUGGCAAACAACUACCUGACGCAGAUGCGGCAGCUGAAGGGCCUGUUUGACGCGCCACGCCUGCGGAUGCUUGACCUCUCGGGCAACCGACUUGCCAAAAAGUCGUCGUACCGGGCCGAGAUCAUCGCUAAUCUGCCCUCGCUUGUCGAGCUCGACGGCGUGGCCAUCACACGCGAGGAGCGCGACGCCGCCUUUCUCAAGUUUCCUCAUCUUUUGCCGCACGGCAAGUUGCCAACGCUACCGUCGUCUGCCGAUGUGGCAGGCUCGUCGGCGGCCACCCGCGCCGCGCCGUCUGAGCCGCAGGCUGCCGCCGCUGAUGUAGUUGUCUCGGCCGAUGACAAGGAGCGUGUGGCUGCCCUCCUUGCCGGCGAAAAACGGCAGAGCGGUUUUUCACUCGCUGCCGAUGCCGAUGCCGAUGCCGAUGAUGACGAUACCAACGAUGUCGCGGACGCUGACGAUGCCAGUACAGGGUGCGCAAGCGCCGACGAGGCCAAUGUCGCCGUCGCCGUGGUUAAGGGUAAGGAUGAGGCCGCCGACGCCGCCGGAGCCGCUGGUCCCGAUGCCCCGUCGCCCGGCACCACUGUCAUCAAGCGGCGGCGGAAGAAGCGACGUCGCAAGAUACCCGACACAGAAGAGGUCAAGGCGCAGGAAAAGUCGGCUUUUGACUCGUUGACCGAGCCAAAGCCCAAGGCAGAGCCCGAGCCCGAGCCCGAGAUUGUGCCGUCUGGCGCCGCAGCCAGCGGAACGCUACAGAUGUCCGACGAUGACAACGACGAGAGCGAUGAGGCCGAUGAGCAUGCUACUCCGCUUCCUGACUCGGACGAGGAGGAGGCGCUGCUGUUCCCCAACGGGCGGCCCGCUGCAGGCGCGAAAGCCUCCGGCGAGAGCGACGACGAUGGCGGCAGUGAGAGCAGCGGCUCGGCAUUGUCGACCUCGCCGCCGUCGAAGGCCAAGUCAACCGAGGUUUACUCAACGCUCUUUGGCGACGACGACAGCGAGGAGCUUCCGGAAGCCACCGGCCCGUCGCUCUUUGCAAGUGCACACGGCGUCGAUGCUGUGCCGGAGCCGGACUUGGACGAGGCACCGCCGUCGCCGCCGGCACCUACAGAAAAGCCGAUCUUUGCCAACAUCGAGCCGGAUCCGGUCUUGCUUGAGGCGUUGCGCAAGCUGCCCGGAGCACACCGCAGCGCGAGCGGGCUGCCGUCGUGUGUGCACUUUGACAUCGAGCUCGCUGCAGCGCGAAUGGUGCUGACGCUUGGCGUGACGCCGGCCGGUCUGCGGAUGGCGCGCGGCCAGCUCGGCAAGCCGCUGGUGGUGGUGAAGGGCACCCGGAUGGCGUGGCUGAGCUGGCUCAUGGGUCGAGUCUCGGCGCAAACGGCGCUUGUCGGCGGAGGGCUCUCGGCUGUCGGCGCCGACGCGCUUGCGCUUGCCUUUCUCAACUCGUUCGACAUGGAGACCGCCAACGCGCUGGCAGAGCCUGCGACUGCGGCGCAGCCAGAUGGCGACGGCGACGACUCGUACUAUGACGACUACGAGUAUGGAUACUCGGACGACGAGGAUGAUGGCAUCAACAUCGCGACCUGCUUCCGCGACUUUGUCAAGCAUUGGGAUCCGUCGGCCGGCGUCGUCGGCCACGUCAUGUUCCGUAUCGAGGACGACCCAAUUCCCGACGUCGAUGUGGUCAUUGGCGCCGACGCCGUGUCAAUCGUCAAGGCCGAGCUUCCGCCGUCGGCGUACCUCACCGGCAUUCGGCUGAACAAAGCUCAGGCAGUGGCGUUCCUUUCAGGCACCGCCCGGCCGGCGCAGCUCCUCGCAUCGCCGCGCAUCUCACUCUCGUCCCGCGAAGGCUUUAAGGACUUUUGUCGCGCCUUUCGGGCCAACUGGAUGUAAGCGAUGCCAGCAUGCCAUCUGCCUGUGCCGCGUGCAGCCACUUGGGUCGAGUCUUGGGCCGACACUUGCGGACGGUGGCAACCAUGGCGUGUGGCAAGCUGCAGUGCCC